AUGUUUCCCGCUAAUUAUAUACCGUACCAGCAGCAGCAACCGUACCAGCAGCUGCAGCAGCAGCAUAUGUUUAACGGCAAUAACCGGAAAAUCAAAAUUAGGCCACCCCGCAAGCUGCAGCAGCGGAACAGGUUUAUGACGCCCACUUAUGAACCAGAAGCUGAAAAACAAGAAAACAUUACAAAAAAGUCGCAUAAUCAAGGUACUAGACUGGUUGAAAUAAAUAGUUGUAUUUUGGAUAUGCCAAGAGAAUUUUCAAUUGGACAUUGUGUAGCCAAAGAUAUGCGUAUGAAACUGCGUAUGAGUGCUGGAAUCGCUAUAUAUUUCAAGAACACUUAUAAGAGAGUGGGCGAACUCAUGGAUCAAAGAAAAGAUGUUGGCUGCGUUGUGGUUUUGGAAGAAAACCAAAGGUUUAUUUUUUACCUCAUAACCAAAGAACUAAGCAACCAUAAGCCAACGUAUGACAACAUAACUGCUACCAUUAAAACCUUACAUGCUCUGGUUGUAGAGCAUGGUAUUAAGAAACUUGCUCUUCCGCGCAUUGGUUGUGGCUUAGAUAAUUUGAAUUGGACAAGAGUUAUAGAAAUUAUUGAAAAUGAAUUUCAAAAUGGGGAAUGUACAAUAACCAUUUGUCAUUUUACCAAGCAUUUGUCAAAAGAAUCUGAUGUAAUUCGAGUCGAACAUCCAACAACAAUAAAAAUUGAUAAAAAUAUAAAAAAUAUAGAAAAGCGAGAACACGAAAAAUUCUGUAUAAUAUUAUAUUUUCGGAAUACAACUUUACCAGUUUAUUGGGAUCAAUAA